AUAAAUUUAAACAUUUCAAGGUAUAUAUUUUAGAGCCAACACCAUUCGUUCAGAAAUUGUUUAUACCAAGAAAUUAAACGUAUCAAAAGGAAUUUUACAAUGGACGCGAAUGUAUUUGUAGGUGAAGUUAUAGAUGAAAUUAUAGAUAAAGUUUCAUUAACAGAUGGUGAAAUAAAAGUUAAAAUACUUAAAUCAGCCAUUAAACAUAUACGCAACCUAAGCGAUGGAGCCUUAAUAGAUCCAGACACGUUGAAUGAAAUAGACAAGGUUGUUGAUAAGUUAGAUGAAACUUUUUUGGAACAAACAAUAAAAAAAGAAGAAGAAAAUUACAAUAUUCUUUACAUUACCAUAGAGAAGUACCAUUCGUCGCUGAAGGCGGUUUUAUGGAAGAUGAUUGAAAAAUACCCGAAUUUAAUUUCCCUUCCGCGUAAGGAAGAAGAUUACGAAGGGCACACCGCCUUUCAUUUAGCAAUCUGCAAAAAUAAUCAAGUUCUUGCCAAAAGAUUGCUUUACAGGGUUUUCAAGGUUGGGGAGGAUAAAAAGAAGAAAUUAGGGGAGGAUAAAAAGGAGAAAUUAGGAGAGGAUGGAAAGAAGAAAUUAGGGGAGGAUGAAAAGAAGUUAUUAGGGGAGGAUGAAAAGAAGAAAUUAGGAGAGGAUGAAAAGAAGACAUUAGGAGAGGAUGAAAAGAAGAAAUUAGGAGAGGAUGAAAAGGAGAAAUUAGGGAAGGAUGAAAAGGAGAAAUUAGGGGAGGAUGAAAAGGAGAAAUUAGGGGAGGAUGAAAAGAAGAAAUUAGGAGAGGAUGAAAAGGAGAGUUUAGGAGAGGAUGAAAAGAAGAAAUUAGUGGAGGAUGAAAAGCAGAAAUUAUGGGAGGCUGAAAAGAAGAAAUUAGGGGAGGAUAAAAAGAAGAAAUUAUUCGAAAGACGUGCGACAGGGAGAAACUUUAGGGAAACUGUGAUGCUCGGAGAAUUGCCUUUGUUCACUGCUGCCUUGUCGUUUAACAAAGAAAUGUUUCUGUUUUUGCUGACGAAAGGGGCGGACUUGUAUGCUAUAAACGAAUCCGAAGACAAUAUAUAUCACACUCUGAUAAGAUAUGCUCACUACUAUCAAAACAAAGUAGACGAUGUCAUCAACAUGCUUACAACUAUCAAGGCUAUUGACAAAACAAAACAGAAGGAACUCAAAGCUGAACAUAAAGAUUCAACCAAUGCCACGUCAAUGGGACCAAAGCCUGGAACACUCUGGACUUGGAGAAACAAAUCGGGUUUGAAUCCUUUAGAGCUAGCGACGAAAUUCGGUCUUUGUGACAUAUUCGUGAUGAUAUACAACUCACAGCCGUACUUUAUUGGACAAUCAAACGAUGGACUGAAAGACAUUAAGAAGUUCGAUAUAACGGACUUAGAUCCUAUUGUGCACGACGCCAGUGAUUCCGGAUCCAUCCUGAACUUCCUUUUCGAAAUUAAUCCUUCGAAAGCAAUGCCUUUUAUUCGUACGCCUCAGAUCAGCAAAAUUAUUGAGGAGAAAUGGUCACACUACAUGCCAUGUGUCUAUAUUUGGUUCAUUCUGCACUUGGCAUUCAUGAGCUUCCUCACGUGGUAUGCAAUCGCAAGUUCGGAACAGAAUUUCAAUGACGAGACGCAAUUCAAUGUUGAUGCACCUCCUUCCUACAGGAACCUUGAUACGGCUACUGUUAUAGUUUCCCCCUGUAUUUGCCUUUUUGGGGGACUUCUGUACACUUUGCCGGAAGUCGUAAAAGUUUUAAAAUCUGGGUGCACGUCGGAAACCGGAACUCUUAGUACAAUAUGGACUUGGAUGAAAAACCCAAAACUGAAUCCCUACAGUAAUGGGGCUUACAGAAGCAUUAUCGUGCUUUUUGCGACCAGUUUAAUUUUGGGCAGUUGUUUUGCAUUGGUGGUCGGGGUGCAUCAAGAUUUCAAAUACGAACAGUACUGUUUGUACAUUUCAGUUAUAAUUGGAUGGCUGUUUGUUGUAUUCUUCCUUAGAAUGUUCAAGCAUUUCAGUUUCUUCGGCGUUCUUCUUCAAAAGGUGAUUUUCGGCGAUAUCACUCGGUUUAUACUCUUUUUUCUCCUAAUUAUCUUUGGAUUCGGUACGGCGAUGUUUAUGGCCAUUCAGGGCUCGCCUGCUACAGAUGAUCCAGAGUACUCCACCUAUGGCAGAACCUUGUUGUCCAUGAUAAAACUGAUAGGCGGAGUAGGAGAUUCGCCAAGCUUCUACGAGACAAGAAACCCGGGAAUAUGCGUCACCAUCUUUUUAAUCUACAUCGCCAUGACAGCUAUAGUCAUUCUAAACGCUCUGAUCGCAAUGAUGGGAACAACAUGCACGCAACUGCUUGAAAACGUUGAUAACGUACACUCCCAUGAUCGUUAUUGGAAACUAGAACGUCUCUCCAUAAUUUUGUUCUUGGAAAGCAUCCUUCCUGAGUAUUGGAUCGCGAGGGUCGGGAAGAAGCCGAAGACUGAAGACGAAGACGACCCCAAAAAGGAUAAGCGAUAUCUGGAGAUCCGUUCCAUUACCGAUUUAGACAGCAAGGAGAUCGUUGAUAAGAGAGAAAACAAUUUACAAGAGUUGCAAAGACCUGCACGAAGCAUAGACAUUUAUCACAUCAACCAAUGUGAACAUUUCAAACCAUACCAAAACUUUAGGUAUAUUUCAGAUUGUCCACAAGAUUCCAAAAAAUGAGUGCGUGACGCUAAUCUUGCAUAAGAUGAGCACAUUUUUUGUUUGUUUUUAUUUAAAAACCUUUAAUUAACUGUCUGUAACAAUUGUUCAUUAGUGAUUGACUAGAAACAUCCUUUUUAAUAAGUACCUAUACUCCUAUUAAUGUAUGUACAUAAUUGUUUGUAAAUAUACGCCUAUGAAUGUAUGUACAUGUAUAAAUGGAAGUAUACGCCUAUGAAUGUAUGUACAUGUAUAAAUGGAAGUAUACGCCUAUGAAUGUAGUACAUGUAUAAAUGAAAGUAUACGCCUAUGCAUGUAUGUACAUGUAUAAAUGUAAGUAUACGCCUAUGAAUGUAUGUACAUGUAUAAAUGGAAGUAUACGCCUAUUAAUUAAUGUAUGUGCAUGUAUAAAUGGAAGUAUACGCAUAUGAAUGUAUAUACAUGUAUAAAUGGAAAUAUACGCCUAUGAAUGUAUGUACAUGUAUAAAUGGAAGUAUACGCUUAAUAAUGUAAGAACAUGCAUGUUUAAAACUUACGCGUUUUAAUGUUUGUUGCCUAUAUGGCCUAUAAGUGCAUGUAAAUCUACAUGUAUGUUUGACAAUAUGUGUUUAUUAAUUCAUGUACAUGUAUAAAUGGAAUUAUUCGCCUAGGAUUGUUUGGAAAUAUACGCCUAUUAAUGUAUUUACAUGUCUCUUUGUAAAUAUACGCGUAUUAAUGUAUGUACAUGUUGGUUUAGAAAUCUACGGGCAUUAAUGAAUGCACAUGUAUGAUUGUUUGUAAAUAUAUGCCUAUUAGUGUAUGAACAUGUAUGUUUGUAAAUAUAUGCCUAUUAAUGUAUGUUUGUAGAUAUACGCAGAUUAAUGAAUGUACAUGUAUGUCUGGAAAUAUACGCCUAUUAAUGUAUGUAUAUGUAUGUUUGGAAAUAUAAGACUAUUUAUGUAUGUUUGGAAAUAUACGCCUAUUUAUGUAUGUACAUGUAUGUUUGGAAAUAUACGCUUAUUAAUGCAUGUACAUGUUUGUUUGGAAAUAUACGCCUAUUAAUAUAUGUACAUGUAUGUUUAAGAAUAUACGCUUAUUAAAGUAUGUACAUGUAUGUUUAGAAAUAAAUGCUUAUUAAUGUAUGUACAUAAAUGUUUAGAAAUAUACUCUUAUUAAUGUAUGUACAUGUAUGUUUGGAAAUAUACGACUUUUAAUGUAUGUACAUGUAUGUUUGGAAAUAUACGACUUUUAAUGUAUGUAAAUGUAUGUUUAGAAAUAUACGCUUAUUAAUGUAUGUACAUGUUUGUUUAGAAAUAUAUGCUUAUUAAUGUAUGUACAUGUUUGUUUGGAAAUAUACGCUUAUUAAUGUAUGUACAUGUUUGUUUGGAAAUAUACGCUUAUUAAUGUAUGUACAUGUUUGUUUAGAAAUAUACGCUUAUUAAUGUAUGUACAUGUAUGUUUGGAAUUAAAUGCCUAUUGAUGAAUUUACAUGUGUGCCUGAAUUAACCUCUAAAUAUUUUUAACAUUUAACGCCUACACUAAGGUUUACGGCUAUCCGUUACCUGUUAUAUCGCAGUACAUACUACAUAAGUUGUUAUCAUCUUCUUUUUACAAGUCAACAAUAAGUUGGGUGUGACCUUCGCUUAAUAUACCAAAAAAUGAUGACGUCACUUCCUGUUUCCUUUCAUAAGCCUUUGACAACGGGUAACAUAUUUUUUUCCACCCAAAUUCGAUUCCGUUGAGACAUUUCUGCAAUCGGUAUUCCCUCAAUUACUUGUGUAAUGAUCAAUGAAAUCGCUAAACGAAUCGUUAUCUGUAUAUCUCAAUUCAGGCGCGUAGCUGUCUAUACACGAGUCAGCGGCCGAAUCCACAUGAUUCUGACAAAAAAUA